GAAAAACAUUUCGAGAUGAUUCUUGAAUUUGGCCUAUGUUGCCACUUGCCACCUCUUCUUAUAACUAUUCCUUCUUUUCUCUCUCCAUUGAGUUGCUCUGAAAACCUUCGAUCCAAACCCAAAUGGGUCGACGAGAGAAGAUGAGCAGCAAAUCCACCAAAGCUGCCGUUGCGGCCCUCGGCAUUCUCCUUACCUCUCUGAUUGUCAAAUCUGUAGCAUCACAUAGAAACCAAAGCAGUGGCUGCAACGGUAUGCCCAUUCCCUUCCGAUGUAGGAAAACUGAAACUUUGGUGUUUGCAGAACAGAGGCUUGCGGUGGUCUACCCUGUCAUCCAAAAAUUCAAGUCCAUCAUCACCUCAGAUCCUCUGGGGAUUACCAAAUCGUGGGUUGGCUCAGAUAUAUGCAAAUACAGAGGAUUCUACUGUGAAAAUCCCCCAGACAACCUGUCUGCAACAGCUCUCGCUUCCAUCGACUUCAAUGGCUUCCAGCUUGGUGCCCCAACGCUUGACGGCUUUCUUGAUCAGCUUCCUGACAUCGCUCUCUUCCACGCCAAUUCCAACAACUUUUCCGGCACAGUAUCCCCCAACAUCUCUAAGCUUCCAUAUCUUUACGAGCUUGACAUAAGCAACAACAAGUUCUCUGGCCCAUUUCCUACGGCUGUUCUGUUCAUGAACAGCCUGACAUUCUUGGAUAUUCGGUUCAAUCUGUUCACUGGGUCAGUCCCACCUCAAGUAUUCACACAGAAUCUCGACGUCCUGUUCAUAAACAACAACAAUUUUAUGCAGACGCUUCCUGAUAAUCUGGGCAGCUCCCAUGUUCUGUAUCUCACUCUCGCCAACAACAACUUCACGGGUCCAAUCCCAGGAAGCAUUGCCAAAUCUCUGUCGUUUCUAACAGAGGUACUUUUUCUAAACAACCAGCUAACAGGUUGUCUGCCGUACGAGAUUGGGUUUCUAAAGGAGGCCACAGUGUUUGAUGCAAGCAACAACCAGUUAACCGGUCCUUUACCGUUCUCGUUGGGUUGCCUAGACAAGGUGGAGCAGCUGAAUUUUGCCGGUAAUCUGCUGUCCGGCAUGGUCCCGGAGGUGGUCUGUUUGCUGGAGAAUUUGGUCAACUUAUCGUUGGCCGAUAAUUAUUUUAUGAAUGUAGGGCCGAUUUGUAGGAGCUUGAUUGAGAGAGGAGUGCUUGAUAUUAGUAAUAACUGCAUUCCUGAUCUUCCAUUUCAAAGAUCAGUAGCUGAAUGUGCGGAUUUCUUCGCACAUCCAAGGAUUUGUCCCAGAAUGUGGACUUAUACUUGUCUAACCUGUAAACUUCCUCACUGGCCUUCCUGUGACUUCAAUUCCUGAAAUAUUGGCUCCUCCACCUUGUGUCCUUGACCCUUCUUACUUUGCUUAUAGAAGGCAUUGGUUUUCAAUUUUUAUUUUUAUCUUGUAAUAUAUGGAACUCUCAUUUGUGUGCUCACAAAUUAUCAUUCACUUCCUUCC